GCUUAGUUUCUUUGCGUGUUGCGCGGAAUAACCAUAACAACGCGUUGCGAAAACAUGUGCUUCAUCAGCGGCACUGCCGUGGAUUGAGAGCCGCUGCAAAUAUCGAUCGACGCUGGGCGUCUGCGGGUUGGAACAACCAGAUCAGUGAUAGUGUGACAGUGUGGCGGAGUGGCGUUAGCUUUAGCGGACGCAACGUACUUAGGGCAGAAAUAGUGAUCUAUUGUGCAUCGUUAGAUGAGCUCUGCAAUGCAGUUAUUAAUCGAGUUCAAUAUUUAGUGUGAUCAAAUUUGCUAAGCCAGAAAUAAAACAACAAUCGAGCAGCGAAAAGAGGAAUUAUUUAGUACCGUUUUGAUAGCUUCUGAAGAUGUACAAUUUGGACGAUCGUUAGCCGGCAAUCAGUUAUACGAUCGCACCAUGUAUUGUGGCAGUGAUUUUGGUUCUUUUGGAGUGCAGGAUAAAUAUGUGUUAAAAAUGGAAGCUUUUAAUAUUUAGCUGAUGGUAUAUAGGUCGUUGAAGUAUGAAGCAAAAAAAACAAUUUUGCAACUGACGACAGACACGGGGCAUUGUGCUCAUGGGUAAUAGUAUUGGAAGACUAGUGUUAUAUUUGAUUGCAGUGGAAAAAAACAAAGAAGUGUGAAGUUGUAGUUCUUAUUGAGCACUAGCAACAGAUGAUUUAUUGUUGUUGUUGGCACCCAAGUCGGAUUGGUGUGCGAUUGUGUUCGCUGGAUUGUAACGGAUACUGACAGGCGAAGAAAAUCAGCAGCAGCAGCACCGACAGAAUCUUCCGCAGCCAUGGGACUCUUCGGGUGGAUCAAAAAGGAGACAAAUCAGCACCGACGCCGCGAGAGUGCGCCACCGAGCACAAGUAACAUAACCUCUUCGGGUGGGGCUGUUAGCGCUGCAAGGGACGAGGCGUACGUGGAGGCGCUGAAUAAAUUCAAUCAAUGGCGAUCUAAGCAGAGAUUGGAGCGAAUCAGCGAAGGCUGUCUCUUGAGGUCUGUCACUGAUCAGCGGAUCCCAAGUGUGAUCGAGGAAGAGAAGGAAUCCGAAGGUGGGGCACAAAGUGAUAUCAGUUCCGACGUAGCAAUCACUAGCGAUGAGAGGCGUGCUCUCAAUAGAAAAAUCGAACUACCAAAAAGCCCUAGGUAUAGCAGACAUCGGGACACAGGAGCCCCUAAGAAGCCUAAAAGGUCGGUGGAGUUCUACAGAAACAUCAAUAGAAUACCGGAAAAUGGAGAGCCCAGUUUGAAUAAAGGAAAAAAUAACAACAUGGCUGAUAGAUAUUCGCUGCCGGCGUUUUUUCCUACGACCAGGAAAAGUAAGUCUAAAUUGGCAAAACCAAAUAAUAACACGAUUUAUGAGAAUGAAGUGGAAGAGUUCGAGCAAAUGCAUGUACGAGACAAUCUUGGUGAUACCUACGCAGUGCAGAGUCCUCCCAGUCGAUUCUUCAAAGAAAAUUCAAGCCCUUACUUCGACACCAGUACACUCCGCAUCACCAGUCCCACUGUAGUGGACAGUACUCCCAAGAAACAGACGAACCUUCAACAAAAACGUUUCCGUAAGUUGAAAGACAAGCCAGCUCCACAACCUCCAGUAUCGAACGUGGAUCCCCCUUCGUCACUCAAAAAGCACAACCUUGUGAACGAGAGUGAAGCUGACUCUCCUUUCGCUGGAUCAUAUCGCAAGUACGAACUGAACUCCUCCUCAAUUUACGACGAACAUGUCAUAUCCUCGAGAGCCUACCGCGGAGAAUUGAAACCGCUGAAUGCAUCCAUCAAAGAACGCCGCAAGUCUCCUUCCUACCAAACUAUAGUUAACAAACAUGGAGACCUCGUUGACUACGCCUUGCCCUUCAGCGAUACAACGGACACCCACUCGGAGCUGAAUUCCACCAAAAACGGAGACAUCCUGAACGACAUCCGGGCCUGUGAGGAAGUCAUCAACGAAAACUUCCGCUUCCUGAACAGCGAUAUUCUACCGUCUUCCAUUCUCAUCGACGACACCACCAGCAUGAUCACUGAACCGAUCAGCGUACUCAAAGAACGGUCACCGCAAAUCGUCACAGACCUGGAUCGCUCCAUUGUCAAGGAGCAGAACGAAAUGGAUGCCCAACUAAAUGAAGUAGAUCUGGUUAUCCAUGAGCCGCAGGACAUCCUACUCGAGCUGGAUUCGUUGGAGAAAUGGAGCAAAAGUAUUCAGAUAUCGGAUGACUUUCUGCAAAAACAGUUCUCCGAAAAAAGCAUGCUGGAAUUUUUCCAGCAAGCGUCCAGUCAAUUGGUGAUCUGUUGGCCUAAAGAAUUGCACUACCGUGUCGGCACGCUUCGCAGCAGUUUCAUGGCACCACUGGAAUUCUCCUGCGGACUAUUCCGCGAUGCACCAGUCACCCUGAGAAAGUACUCCAUCAAUGUUGACCGUAGCCUGUACUUCGCCGAGGAAGCUUGCAAGAAGGACUUCGAGAUUCUCGGUCAUGUCAAGCACUUUGCCGUAGCCUCGUUGAUGGCCGUGUGCUUUGACGCCAGUUUGAACCAAGCCACGCUGAUUCUGGAACCGUUUGAUUUCACUCUGUUCGAUUACAUUCACAAAAUGAACAAACGCCUCUCACUAUUGCACGCUAUAACCGUUGUCCAGCAGAUCUCCUCAGCCGUAUCCUUCCUACAGGAAUGCGGCUACAUCCACUCGAAUAUUUCCAGCGGAUGCGUCCUAAUGCGGAAAUAUCCGUAUGCCGUCAAACUGACAUCGUUUGAGCUCGCAACCGAAGCAUCCGACACGAUCCGAAAAGAAAUCGAAAACCGCUAUGGCAGCACAUCCUCCUCGCGCAACUCUAUGACCUCCUCACAGAACGAAGAGUUGAAGAAAAUCACCACCUAUUCACGGCUGAUCAAAAACGACGAACAGUUCCUGCGGGAUAAGUAUCGUAAACUGUCCAAGGAAGUUUCCGACAGCCGGAAAGGACAGUUCGGACCCUUGGGAGAUAACAGCGGGUACGACUGUCGCGCCAGCCGCUAUUUACCGUAUUGCAAGGAAUACCGAGAAAAGUUCUCCCUGUUCUACUACGUCGCUCCAGAGCUACUGGUACCCAAGUCCAACUUUGUGUUUCCCACAAAAAGCACGGACGUUUAUUCGUUAACUCUAUUGCUAUGGGAGAUCCUAAACGGCUACGUUCCGUUCGUGGUCUACAGCCGCCAGGAGCUGGAGAAACUUCAAAUAUCCGCUAACCUACAAUUACCAAUGUUCGAAAAAGAACGCUGUGAUCGCUUUCGUCAAGUGUUUGAAACUGGUCUUUCCGAUCUUAGCGCCCGUCAAAUCAACGUUAGCGAUAUUCUUGAUACGUUAGAUUGCCUGCUUCUGGAGCAAGGACUUGAUAAAAGUUUGCACAUGAAUGGGUUCUCAGAAGAUUUCGAGGAACAAAUCAAUUCGUCGGAUAUUAGAAAGAAGAACGAGUUGAAUGACAUUCGCAAGCAAAAUGUCUCGGAGAAAACCGACAAAAUAUACUUCAGGUCAAACGGUGGAUACGUCAACGUAGACGAGUCGAAAAAGAUGAGCAGACAAUGUUCCCUAAUUGAUAUAGAUGAAAUUGUACCCCAGCGACCCAAGCAGCAACCAAAGAAACCUGCGCGAAAGAUUAACAAAUCGAAAGCGCAAAAAGACCCAGAUGCUAAAUCCACCAAAAAGUCACCUCUUAGCUCGAGUUUGUCCCACUCAGCCAUCUAUCAAACAAUAUUCGACUUCAACAACAAGUUCUUAUCACCUCGAUCAUCGAAACAAGUCAUCUACGAGAGGACCAGUACGGUCAAAAAGCAGAAGAGUAUGCUGCGGUCGAAUAAAGUCGCAGCCAAAGAGCUAUUCCAAUCAACGAAUAGCUCGGAAAAUCAAAUUUUAAAUAGUGCAGAUUCCAAUGAUAACACGACCCUCAAGGACGCUGUUCCGGAUGUUAUUGGGCCCUCGGAAGUCUACACAAAGGAAAGUCCGUCCAAAUUGAACAUCAAUAUCGACAAACACAAAUUCAUGAAGGAACUUGAUCUUGAUGCCACAGACCGUUCAAAAGAAGUUCAUCCUGUUGAAACAUCAAAGUCUUGUGACAGUUCCCCCGGAACCAAACGCAAAAACUAUUCCCGUCUAUCUAAUUCACUCCGAUUCAACAUCGGAGAUAUCACUCUACCGGACACUCCCAUAGCUCGCAAAAACAAGAUACGCAAACAUGCCUGGCUUUCCGAUCAGAAGUUAGUUUUCACUGACGACAACACCUCCACACCGGUAACACCGCCGGGUCGAAGAGUUCGCUCCUUCUUCAACGAUUUGGGGUCUCGCAUAAGCCGCGACGAGCGAUCCGCCGGAGACCUGAACACUCCAUUGAACUUAAACAUUUCUUCGUCGAUGCAGGAGAUCAAACCGAAGGCGAUCAACAUCAGUGUGAACAUCAUCAAGCGCCCGGAUAUGAGAGCAAAACUAAAAGCACACAGCCAGGAGUUCAACAAAACAACCCCGUCGAUCGUAGAUAUCGACAUUGACGACCAACCAGGAAAUAAUCAGGAAACAAAACAGAAGGCUGAGUCAACCAGCAAUAUAUUUGAGGGUUCUCUCUGGAAGAAAGAGAAGCAGAUUUGCGAAAGGAGUCAGAUAAGCCAUUCCAUUGACGACCUUGACAAAGAAGCUAUCGACGCAGACACUUCAGAGAAGGUCAUAACAGCCCACUUGACUUCCGUACGCGAUGCUGUCCGCAAAAUCGAAACCACGUUUGAGAACACAGGUUUUGACUAUAGCCCCAACAGAAAACCUGAUUCUAGCCGAAAGUCCUCGGACGACAGAAAGAUAUCCGACGACUCUGUGGUCGUCGAAGAAAGUCUCCUGGUUCCUACUAAAGUUUUAGAAUUGGAGAGAACCAUCGAUAAUCUUCCUCCGAUUGAGCCACCUAGCAAUGCAGUUACUCGAAUAGACGUAGUGCUAACGAAUAACACACUCAAGAAGAAGGAGGAGCUUCUUCAACACCAACAACCGAAACUGCCGCUGCCCGAAGCGUCUGUGUUCAACCCGAACUCGCAGCUGUUUAUGCGUCGGAAGGCAACCAGCAGCGGUCGUGUAAUUCAACAAACUGUGUAUCGUGAAAGCAUCGUCUCCAGCGCCGAUUUGCCCGGACUGGAGAGCAUUAACUCCUCGCAAGCCAGCAUCUGCACUACUCCGCUUCCUGCGGGCAGCGCUCGGAAGAAGAAGCUAACGACCCGCGUAACGGUCAACAUGCGAAAAAUCUCCCGUCGGGCAUCGGAUAUGGGCCUCAGUCCGGGAUCGUCCCGACCCAACUCCCAAAACUUGGACGACGAUCUGCCGUCGUCCGGUUGUCUGACACCGGUCAACACUGCUAGCGGCCCCAUCAGGAACUCGUGUGGUAAUGAAUUGUUGAAAGCUUUUGCUAAAUUGAGAUUGGUUCCCAGUAGCGAGGAGGUCGCCGGAUCAAGGUGUUCCAGUGCGAAUGACGACCGGAAAAGUCUGUGCACUCCGGUUAAGGCACCCAUUGCUGUAGGACAGAAUCGCAUCGCGUCGGAGCGGUUUGUUUGCUGCAAUUGCGGAAGCUCGAUGGUUCCAGCCGAUAAUUUGAAUGUACCUUCCGGAAGUCGCAUCGGAAUGUCGGCCGCAUUUAGUGAGUUAAAUUUUCCCCGCGAAAGUCUAGCUUCAAUGUUUGAGGACAACUUGGGGCUUAUCUCGCAGCAACAGCAGCAACCGUUCCCACGAGCAACUCUAUCGACCGUCGCGAGCGCCAAAUCCAUCGAGGAUCUCUACAUCGACGACGACUUUUGCCAAGGACUGAACCUGGGCGCCAACAUGGAACUGGUGCAGUUCGUCGACGAUGGUCACUACCUGGACGAGUUUGGCUACGAUAUCUACACAACGGAAGAGAUCUACGACGAUGAAGAUGAUGAAAACUCUCCGGAAAUGGAAGCCCUGUGUGGUUUUGAUGACGGUCAAGCAUCUCCAAUCAUGGGGGGCGAGGACGCGAACUGCCACCAGCCUACGGAGGAGCAGUUCCUGAACAAAUGCGCCGACAUGAAUGCGAGUAAUGCGGAAGCGUUGGGUUCGGUGUUUUCGCCGACGCCGACUGCUGCCCCCGGACAAGAUAUAUGAAGCGCAUCCGGUUGAGGUCUGUGACAUUGAAACUUUAGAUUUAGAAAUGAUUUUCAAAAUCGUGAUGACAGAAUGUAUAUUACACAUGUGAAUUAUUUACAGACAUGAGGAUAGAAAUCGUGACAUUAUCUUAAAGUUGAGAUAGUAUUUAUAUCAAACAGUAUUUAUACCAAGUAACCGAUGACGCAAUACAUAGAUUUAAUAAAGAAAAAAAUGGUGAUACAUUAUUUUUAGGAAAUGAUAACCUCUGCAAAAAUUUCUAUAAUGAAUUACAAACAUAUCCAUAUGUAUUUGAGCAUAUUCCUUAUUAUUUGGAUAAACUGCAUAUUUAUAAACCUGAAAUAAAAUAUAUUAUGAAGUAAUUCUAAA